AUCACAGUAGCCGUGUCUUAUGUAGGGAGAUAAGUGACAAGUUUCAGGGUAAAAAAAGUAUGUACACAAAUAACAAACUUCAAGAAUUUCAAACAUUCAGCGCACAUUCUUUGCAUAGUUUUAAAAGCUUUUGAUGAGUAAAUACUGUUUUUAAAUAUUAGUUGACGGUCUUGUGAUAUGUGCUUACGUAAUUUUACGGUUUCGUAGUCGUUAAUAUUUGAUAAAGAAAACUGAAAGACGGCAUAAUACAAGCAGAAUAACUUUGAAGCCUUCUGCAAGGAAUUUAACUCCAGUAUUUUUGACAGAAAUAUCGAGCGCUUUAAAAAGCAACGUUGCCAAUUCGGGUAUGCAGAAACAUGGAUGGAAACCAUAUUUUCAACAUCGUCACUAUUCUAGUGGUGAUGUUCUUCGAUACAGUGAUGUUAGACGCUAUGUAUAUGGUUUCGAAUCCAGAACCUAUAGCGUUUCCCGAAGGUUUUGAAACUGCUUUGACGUGCGAUAUGAAUAUAGAACCAGAUAAAUUUGAAUGGAAAUUUUAUCCAACUGACAGUCCGUACAACUCGAAUGCUUUCAUUGAUCUUAGCAAUUCUACAUUCCAUCUUAUAUCUGAAAAUAGAUAUAAUAAACAGAGAAAAAAGUCUACCCUUAUGAUACAGGUGAGCGGCCCCCAUAUAGCUGGUGAUUAUCAGUGUUUAGCUUAUUAUGGAGCUUACGUUGUAGCUUCUAUACCAUGGAGGCUCACUAUAGCCCAAUUGAAAGAAUUUCCUAGACAAGACAGUGUCGAUACUACGGUUACAGUUGGUAACACAAUAAUCUGGAGAUGUUUAGUACCUGAAUCAAAUCCGGAAGCUUCUAUAGAAUACCUAAAGAAAGGAGAAUUAGUGAAUUAUCGUUAUCAGAAAAAUCAGACAAAGUCAUUAAUAUUACCUAAUGUAAAUGCGGAUGAUACUGGAAUUUAUACUUGUAGAGCAACAAAUACUAUUAAAAAUGUCGAUUCAUAUGCUCAUUUGAACUUGAGAGUUGUGAAUAACGCACCUCAUAAAUCACCCUAUUUUAUUUCUGAACCGAAGAAGACAUAUACAGUUCUGAAAGGUGAUACAGUUUCUUUGGAGUGUUCCGCAGUAGGAAAUCCCAUCCCAAAAGUGGUUUGGUUCAAGAAAAAUGGUCAGUUACCUACAAACCGCAUCAAAAUGAUCAACGGUAGUCUGAUAAUCAAUAACGUUAUAUCAUCAGACGAAGCCAUCUAUGUCUGUAACCAUACCAACUCUUAUGGUACCAUAUCCCGUGAAAUAACUCUCAUAUAUAAUGAAGAACCUAGCAUAGAUUGCCCCACAAACAAAACGGAUCCAAAGCAAGGAGAGUUUUUGGACUUGAUUUGUACUGUUAGAGGUGUACCGCCACCGCAUAACGCUUGGUUUCUCAACGGUUUUUCAGUAUUGAAUGAUAGUUUGGUUGAAGUAAGGGACAAUAGAAUAAAUUUUACUCGAGUAGAGAAAAGACAUGCUGGUAAUCUGCAAUUAUUUGCUAGGAAUGUUGUGAAAACUGUGUACAGCAGUAUAAUGAUAAGUGUAAUCCCUUUGGGAUCUAUCGAUACAUUCAUUGCACCAACAAGACCUCAUAAAAAACACUCAUCAAAACGACCUCCGAAGCGGCCCUCUAAACCCCCAAAGUUAAUUCCGCCCAGCAAACCAGUAAUAACUCGUAUGGAUGAUGAAUCAGUUGUUGUCCGUUGGAAUGUUUCUCAAGAUACGGGUUUGCCGAUAUCAUUUUUUAAAGUUCAAUAUAGAGAAUUGGGACCAGCCAAUUCCAAUGCGCAUAAUGGAAGCAGUAGACCAAGUCGAUGGAAAACAACAAAUGUUGAUAUACAACCUAACAUUAGAAAUUACGAUAUUACCAAUUUAAAGCCGGAUUAUAUUUAUAGAUUCAGAAUAGCAGCAGUUUAUCAAAAUAACGAUAAUAAAUUGAGUCCCAACUCUGAUAAAUUCCACUUGGAAAGAUACGAUUUUGAUGAUAGGAAUCCUCUUCCAACUCCAAUUAUAAUAGAAACGGAAACUGUUAGUACCACUGCUGUCAAAAUUCAUUGGAAGUGUGAUAACCCCAAGAACGUUCAAAUAGAUGGUUUUUAUAUCAGUUUUAUAUCAGCUUCCACUGCUGGAGAUUAUAUGAAAGCUACUGCCGAUGGGAAAGAUACAAGAGAAUAUGUUAUAACACAUUUACAGCCUGAUUCGAUAUACGAUGUGAAACUGCAAAGUUUUAAUUCUAAAUAUGCUAGUGACUUCAGUGGAAUUAUGAAAGCUAAAACUGGUGCACUUCAAUUAGUUUCGACCACAACCACUCAACUUCCAAGUCAACCAACAUCGAGAGGAGAAAAAUCCGAAUUCAGUUUAUAUGUAAUUGUUGCUGGUGUUGUAAUUGGAUGUGCACUACUAGUUUGUGCUAUUACAGUUAUAUUCGUUUGUAGAAAAUGGCAACAGAAAAAAUCUGUUGACAAUAGAGACAAAACGAUAGGAGAGGAUCAUACUCUUCAAUUGGACGGUAAUGAAUAUGUUGUAGUUAGUCCAAAAUCAAACGGUCAUACUCCCAAUAGGAUAACAAUCACCGCUAAUCCGCUCGCUGACGCGGACAACAAGGUGAGAAAUUUCUAGCUCGGUUGUUUUCCAGAAUCAGAACAUGAUAGAGAUGUCUUGUUUGAGUGCUCAUUCGCAAAAUAAUAACUGCGCAAGCGCCACUGUCCGUCAAGAAUCCACAUCCGGCUCAGGAGGGGCCCCUCGGAACCAUGACAUGCCCCCCUCAUCGCCUAUCAACUCGAAAGAGCGAAAGAAGAAUAUUAUAGAUAAAAGUACUAAUAGCAGAAAUAAAAACAUAUCUGUCGAAAACGUUUCUUCUUCCGGGGAAAAUUACGUUUAAUAGUCUUGUGUUACUUUAUUUGUGAUCAAAAUACCGUGUGAUUUCGUCUUUAGAUUUUAGUUUUUGCAGAAAAUAUUAGUCAAAGUAUAAUUCAUUCAAAAUUCAAUUAAAUAGAUUCUAAUUUUAUCAUUAUUUAUAGCAAUUUCAUUAGUGCACGACUGAUCUGUGUUGGUUUCAUAAAACUGAUUGAACGACAUUUUUCAUAAAUUAUUAAUUACAUUUUAUCGAAGUUAUAUAUCUAAGUAUGUUAUUAAAUCAUUAUAAAUAAGUUAUUAAAAAACAGACUGAAAAACAAGAUUGAAUGACAGUAAAAUAGUUUUUAAAAAGAUAGUUUUUGCAUGUUAAUGACUGGUUUCAUAAUACAUUUAAAGGAAACUUUGUAUUUAAAAUUUCCAUUAAUUUGAAUCGAUCGUUUCUUAAUUGACAUUUAGUCUUAAUGUUCUUUUAAUUUAAACUUUAAGGUAAAGUCAGAAAUGUUUCACUUUAGCACAUUAAGUCUCCUUUAGUGGUAAACGUCAAAUACAAACGUAUGAUAUGUUUGAUUUCUAAGCUGACCCAGGUGUCUUUUUAAUAAGUUUUAAAAAAUAAAAUGUUUAUGACGCUAUGUGCUACAUUAAGUUCAAGCUUAUACGAAAAAGAAAAAUAUAUCAACAUAGAUAAAAACGUACAAACUAUAUCCGAUGCUCGGCCUCGGAUUCAUAAAACUUUUAGUAGAUACCGCAUUAAGAGAUGAAAAUUUAUACAAUAAAUCUAUUAAAUGAACAAGGAACGUUGUAGAAAUAAAAAAUGUGUAUCAACCAUAUAAAACUUUUUAAAACGCUAAAAUCAAGUCAAAAAGAAUGUUAGUCACAAAAAACACUCACUUCUACAUUUCAGUUUGUUUCUUUUUCUAACUACACAUAUUGCAACAGGACAGAGUAUUGUCGACCUCCUUUUAAUGAAGGAACUGUCACUUGAGAGAUCGUUACAAAUCGAUUAUGGUCCACUUCAUUUCAACAACUAAGUUAAACGGCCCUUUAAUCUAAAGGAACCUUCAAAGUACUAGUUGGGGAUUAUGAAACCGGUCGUAAGCAUUAUUGGGUUUCCUUUUGUUUUUGGCUUUUUGGCUAAAAACUCAUCAUUUACUUUGCUCGUCUUGAUAUUUCUAAUACAUUGCAAGCUGCAUUGUACGAGGGCUGUUUUUUUAUUCGAACUCCGAUCGCUCCGUGCAGACGCUACGCAGGCAUGCGCUAUAGGCGACUGCGAAGCUCUCGCACUACACACUCCUCCAUUUUAGACAUUCCGACGUCAGUCGGCGUUCUGCUACAGCCACGUAAACAUGUCCGCCAUUAUUGAUACUUCCACCAAGUGUGAAUUGCAAAGAGUGAUUCGUUUUCUACAGGCUGAAUGCCAUAGUGCUGCAGAAAUUCUUAGGAGAAUGAGUCGUGUGUAUGGGGAAAACUUCAUGAUUGAUGGUGUUGAGCGUGGAUAGUGUUGAAUGUUUAAAGAUGACCGUAAUAAUGAACAUGAUGAAGGGGGCCAAGGACGCAAAUCUGUGGUUUCAGAUGACCUGCCUCAACAAGUUGACUGCUUUGCCUACGGAAUUUCUAGAAGUUUCAAGGUCUGUUUUGUACUCUAGUUGAAUUCAUUGGCGGCAACAUUCUUUAAAAAGGGUAUUGAGAAGCUUAUCCACAGAUAUGACAAAUGCCUCAUAUCUUCGGUGAUUAUGUCGAAAAGUAACCGUAAGUGUACUAAUCUUUUGGUAAUAAAACUAUUGUUUUAUAUGAACUUGUCUUUUAUUUAUAGACUAUCGGAAAAUGAAAAAAUAGGCCCUCGUAACAUCAACAAUCGAGGAAAUUUCUUCAACCUCGUUAGAAUUUGGAACUUUCCUCUUGUCUUCCUGAAGGUCUCAAAGUGACAAAAUCUUGAUAAUUCCAGAACAUUGGAUCAAUUAUUACGGGCUACUGUACUGGUAGUAUGUCUAGUAUCAAUCUUAAUGGUUCUAGAAGUUUAAUUUAUAUGUUGAAAAGUAAUUUUUUAAAAAAGAUUCCUUGUUACCUCUUUUGUUAGAUUAUAGCCAAAGUCAUUUAUUGAGUAAAUGCCAACUUUUUGACGUGUAAAAAUAAAUUUUAUCGCAUAUUUGAGUGUACAGAAUAUGAUUUUUUUCUAGUUAUGAUAUUAUUUGAGUAAACAUAUUCUAAUGACCUGUUUAUGGUGCCAACAAGCAGUAUAUCGAUGAUAAUAAAAAUAGUUUUUAGUCAUAUAGCUCUAAGAGUAUUUUUUCGAGUUGUUCAAGGCUGAUAGUGACGUUUUCGUUUUAUGUUUUUUCUUUUGAAUUGUAUAUUUUUAAAUUGUACAUAUUUUUAUGUAUAUACUGAUUAUUCGAAUCUUAAAAAUGUACGAACGUGAAUAAUGUGUCAAAUUUGAUGUAAUAGUUUUAAUUUUCAGAGUGCUUUGAAAGUUCUUAUUAAUUUGUCUUCCAUAAUUAAUUUGUAGUUACUCAUAAUUUUUUCAAUGAUGAGUUUCGAAUCACGGAAAGUUUGUUGGAGAAUAAUUUUUAUACUAUAUGUGAAUAUGUGCUUAUCUCAGAAUUGUAGCUUGUUUGACCAAUAUAAGCUUUUUCGCUUACGAAAUGGAUCAAUUGUUUACAGACUUAAAUAUGAAAAUUUAAUUGUUUACAUUGGUAUUUCAUACAGAAGUUAUAAGUAUCCGUAAAUCAGUCAGACAUAGAAUCGUGUCGUUUUAAUAAUUUCAAAAAUCUUGUUUAUUAAAUAUUUCAACUAAAAAAUUGUUGAUGUUUUUUCCAAAAAAAAAACAACUAAUUCCAUAGUAAUUGAUUUUUAACCUAAAGAGAGAAUGUUAACAAGGAAAUCCUUUUGGUUUAUAGCUUAAUCAUUAAUGUAAUUGAAAUGUUUCUAAAGUAUGUAUACUGGGCAUUCGAUUAUAAUUAAAAGAAUUUCAAGAGCAAAUAAUGAUGCAUACUGUUAUGAACAACUUUCAAUUUUAAUAAUAGCUUCUGUCGAUCUGAUUCUAAUUUGGAUAUGGAUUUUUUUUCAUUCAUUAACACUUUUGUAUUCAACUUUCAAUCUUUCUACUUCCAUUUUAUUUUCCAGGUUAUCAUGAGCUUCCCGAUUUUUCUAUAUUUUACUAAACUUUUUUUUUAAAUAUAAAAUUUCCUCACUGAUUUUUGAAAUUUUCUCUAAUAUUUUUUAACAAAACUAGUUACUACUGACGACUAAUAAUUUUCAAUUACAUACAUGCUGUUUCCAUAGAAGUAAAUCAAAAUAAUGUUUAUAAAAUCCAAAAAAGUUUGACACUUUGUAUUUGGUGUUAUUAUGAAAGACAAAUUAAUAAAAUGUUCAGCAUUGCCAACUUAGGAACUCCAAUAAUAAUUUUAAUUUGCCCUUUUCUUUUGUUAAUUUAGUAUGUAGUCAACAGUGUUCAAAUUUAAAAACAUCUUGUUCAAAUAAAUAGUAUUUGUAUACUAGGAGCUCAAACUAUUGUAUUCCCAAGUUAUGGAAGAUGAUAUUUGGAUGUUAGACGACGUUGUAGAAUUUUUAAUAGUAGCCCAUACUUUAAAUAAAAUUCUAAUGAAGCUACAGGUGCUGGAGGAACAGAUCCUGCAGAGUUUUUUUGUAUUAUUGCAUUCAAUUGAACACGACUUUAUUUUUAAUAAAUAUAGAAAAAAAUUGGUUUAAUAAAUGUUUAUUAUAUAAUGAAGUAGUCCUAAUCGACUAACACGAAUUAUUAUUGGAACCAUGUUUUUAAUUUUGGAUACUGUUAAAUAAUCCCGAAACCUUUUAUACACUGAAAAAGACUAAAAGAUUUGCCAUUAGCAAUUAAGAUUUAUAUUUAUUUAACCACAGUAUUAACUAGACAGCUAAUAUUAUUCCUCUGUAGAUUUUAGUAAGUAUAUUUUUGUAUUACUGCAGUCCCCGGUAUAUAUGUAUAUAAAAGUUGUGAAUGUACUUAAAAGUGCCGUUUUUAAUAUAUGAAUGAUUUUUUUA